AGGCGGGCGCCGGGCGCAGGUCGGCUCGGCUGGGGAGGCCUCCGUCUGACGCGGGCCACGCAGCGGCGGGACAGCGCUCAGCGGGGCGGCGGCGUCCUGGAGACCCCCGAGAGAUGGAAGCGGCGGCGCCGGCGGCGGCCGAGGCGGCGGGACGCGAGGAGCUCGAUAUGGAUGUGAUGAGGCCCUUAAUAAAUGAGCAGAAUUUUGAUGUCACAUCAGAUGAAGAACAUGAGCAGGAGCUCCUGCCUGUUCAGAAGCAUUACCAGCUUGAUGAUCAAGAGGGGAUUUCAUUUGUACAAACUCUUAUGCAUCUUCUUAAAGGAAAUAUUGGAACUGGCCUUUUGGGACUUCCACUGGCAAUAAAAAAUGCAGGCAUAGUGCUUGGACCAAUCAGCCUUGUGUUUAUAGGAAUUAUUUCUGUUCAUUGUAUGCACAUUUUGGUACGUUGCAGUCACUUUCUAUGUCAGAGGUUUAAAAAGUCAACAUUAGGUUAUAGUGACACUGUGAGUUUUGCUAUGGAAGUAAGUCCUUGGAGUUGUCUUCAAAAGCAAGCAGCAUGGGGACGGAGUGUGGUUGACUUUUUUCUGGUGAUAACACAGCUGGGAUUCUGUAGUGUUUAUAUUGUCUUCUUAGCUGAAAAUGUGAAACAAGUUCAUGAAGGAUUCCUGGAGAGUAAAGUGUUUGUUUUGAAUAGUACCAAUUCAUCAAAUCCAUGUGAGAGAAGAAGCAUCGACCUAAGGAUAUAUAUGCUUUGCUUCCUUCCUUUUAUAAUUCUCUUGGUCUUCAUUCGUGAGCUAAAGAAUCUGUUCGUGCUUUCAUUCCUUGCCAAUGUUUCCAUGGCUGUGAGUCUUGUGAUAAUUUAUCAAUACGUUGUUCGGAAUAUGCCAGAUCCCCACAACCUUCCAAUAGUGGCUGGUUGGAAAAAAUACCCACUUUUUUUUGGUACUGCCGUAUUUGCUUUUGAAGGCAUAGGAGUGGUCCUUCCACUGGAAAAUCAAAUGAAAGAAUCAAAACGCUUUCCCCAAGCAUUGAAUAUUGGCAUGGGAAUUGUUACAACUUUGUAUGUAACAUUAGCUACCUUAGGAUAUAUGUGUUUCCGGGAUGAUAUCAAAGGCAGCAUAACUUUAAAUCUUCCCCAAGAUGUGUGGUUAUAUCAAUCAGUGAAAAUUCUCUAUUCUUUUGGCAUCUUUGUGACGUAUUCCAUUCAGUUCUAUGUUCCAGCAGAGAUCAUUAUUCCUGUGAUCACAUCCAAAUUUCAGGCUAAAUGGAAGCAAAUCUGUGAAUUUGUGAUAAGGUCCGCCUUGGUUAGUAUUACUUGUGCUGGAGCAAUUCUGAUUCCUCGUUUAGACAUUGUGAUUUCCUUUGUUGGAGCUGUGAGCAGCAGCACGCUGGCCCUGAUCCUGCCACCUUUAGUUGAAAUUCUUACAUUUUCUAAGGAACACUACAAUAUAUGGAUGAUCCUGAAAAAUAUUUCUAUAGCAUUUACUGGAGUUGUUGGUUUCUUGUUAGGUAGCUAUGUAACUGUUGAAGAAAUUAUUUAUCCUACUUCCAAAGUGAUAGCUGAUACUCCACAAAGUCCCUCUCUAAAUUUGAAUUCAACAUGCUUUACAUCUGGUUUGAAAUAGCUGACACACAAUUAUAAGUCUUCUACUUUUGUCUCAAUUCUGAUAAUGAUUAAAAUAAGAACUAGUAGAACGCAUUGCCAUAUACUUAAAAAUAGAACCAGAUUCGGUUUUCUUUUGGUACAAUAUUGAUAUUUUGCUGGGUUACUAGUACUGGUAAACUACAACAGAUUCUUGGUUUUAAGUGUUAGCAAUAAUUUCCAAAAAUUUAGUUUUGAAAAUUGAAAAAAUUAAAAUGUAAAAAAUUAAAGAUUUAGACUGCAGUUAUUCUUUAUUCAAUCAGAAAUACUUUAACCAAAUUCUCUUUUACCCCCAUAUUACUCUUCUGCCACCCAGUUGAGGACUAAACAGGAUUUCAACAAUCAGAAUUAAAGGGCAUAGGGCACAGAAAUCGCUAGACCAUCCCAGUGAAUGUCAAAAUAUACUUUGUGUAUAAUGUAAAAACAUCUCGAUUAGAUUUUUAUUAGAUCCAAAUACUUAUGAUUAGCCCCUGGAAGUGUAGAAAACUCUCAUGAAUCAUAAUGCAAGGAUCAGAAAUACAUUUAAAACCAGAAUUCUGUUUAUACUAUUCUGUAAUGGUAGUUGAUUUUCAUAAAGAAAACUAUGAGGCACUGUGCAAGAAUAUUGAUUUAGUGUUUCAAUUAAAUUUGAAAGAGACUUUAAGGCUACCCAAUCUAUUCCCUUAUUUUUUUACCUGAGGAAAUUGAUGCCCAGAAAGGUUAAGUAACUCUGUCAAGACCACACACUCUUGAGGUGAAGAGUACUGUUGUUUGACUCCAGUCCAGGAUUAUUUCAUUUCACGUCACAUCUAAGCAAAAUAAUAAAUUACGUUCAGUUUAA